GAAUUGGGAUUCAUUUUUCGUUACAGAUAAAUACUUAAAGGUUAUCACCUUUCCUUCCUGUAAUCUCAUCUCGUGUUUCUCACUUUGGUUUUGAGCUUUAAUUCACUUGUAGAAGUUCCUUCCCUCAACCAGAGAGAGAGAAGGUACCUUGUCGGCUCUUUCCAAUUUCAAUUGACUUCUACACUAGCGCCAAAUCUACGUUGACUUAUUAGUCUCGCUGUCGCUUCUAUCUCGUCCCUCAAUUUCUUUUCCAACAACGACAACAACAACAACCACCUUUCUAUCUACAACAUCAAUUUUCUCUUCUACGCCAUAGUUUCUAUCGAUCUACGCAACAAAGUCCAACUUUAUUGUCACAAUCUCUGCUUGCUGCCACCUACAAUUACAGCUAAACAACAACAACAAUUAUCAACGGCGAUCAACUUUUGACGCCACCAAAAUCGACAUCAUGGGUGCUGGUCAACAGCAGCGUCGCGGUCAGGGUCCACCUUCAUCGGCUGGAAACCCUGGUCAGCAGCAAUCAGUUCCUCCAGUAUCACAAUCAGUUGCUGGUGGACAACAAACCACAUCGUCAGUCAUUCCUCAAGUUGACGGACCAAAUGAGCCACGCCAGACUCCGUUUGGGCCUAGUCUUGGCUUUGAUCCCGCCAGAGACCCAAAGAAAGAUGAACCCAAAAAGAUGCGUUGUGAGCUUCCAUCUUAUCGCGAAAAUUUUGACAAGCCCCCCGAAACCAUUCUUCCAGCUCGCCCUGGAUAUAACUCUCAAGGCAAGGCAAUCAGCAUUCGAGUCAACCAGUUCAAAGUCCUCGAUGCUCCUAAUAAGGAUGUCUACCAGUAUAAUGUCAUGAUAGGUGAAGGUGCUGAGAAGAUGGGACUUAUCAAGAAGGUCUGGGAAUCCAAGACUGUUAAGAGAGAGUUGGCAAAGCAUGGCAAGUUUUGGCUCUGGGAUGGCAAUCAGAUUGCAUGGUGCUCAAAUCCAUUGGCCCGAGGUGAAUUCCGCAUUCUCGUUGAUCUUGAUCUCGAGGCUGGCAAACCAGGUGGAAACCGCGAUCGCAUGAUUUACUGCACGGUCAGGCAAACAACCACCAUCAGGAUGGCUUCUUUACACGGCUAUCUUAACAAGGAAUGCGACUUUGAUAACAACGUUCUUUGUGCCAUCAACUUUCUUGAUCAUAUGAUUCGUCAAUGGCCCAGUGAGAAAUAUGUUGUUCAAAAGCGUAGCUUCUUCGCUCGUGGUAUUGACCGUUGCCCAUUGGACAUCACAAUUGAGGCCAUGAAGGGUGUAUACCAGUCGAUUCGCCUUUGCAACCAUCUCAAUGAGAAGGGUCCUGUAAUUCGUGGCCUAGCAGUUAAUGUUGAUGUUGCCAACGGCACAUUCUGGACGUCCCAGGAUUUUAUGCAGGCUGCUCGUAACUUGUGCAGUGUUCCUCGCAACAAGGCACUUGAUUACGAUGUUUUCCGAAAGCUUCUUAGACCUGAGCAGAGAUCCAUGCCAAAUGGUAGACUUGAGAAGUCUGCAGAAUUCUUGACACUCGAAAAGAUGAAGAAGUUGAAGUUCACGUUGAAACAUCACGGCAAGAAAGAUGAUUCUAAGAUUUACACAGUGAAGAAAUUCACUUUCAAGCAUGAACCUGAAUAUGCCGCUGAUGGUUUAAAUGCCAAGAACCACUUCUUUACGCCAAAAGAUACUGGAAAGGAGACAUCCGUGUACAACUACUUCAAGUCCAAGUACAACAUUAACCUGAAGUAUUGGUGGGCUCCCUUAAUUGAGACGGAGAAAGCAGGAUUCUUCCCAAUGGAAGUGUGCACUUUGGCUCCUAGCCAAAAGUACCAGUAUAAAUUGGAUCCGAAUCAAACAUCUUCCAUGAUCAAGUUUGCGGUUACUAGACCAAAGGUCAGAAUCCAAUCAAUUGAACAUGGUCUUGGGAUGUUGAAAUGGAACGAGGAUCCAUAUCUUGCUCAUUACGGGUUCAAGAUUGAUCGAAACAUGACCAUGACUCAAGCUCGUCUACUUCAAAAUCCAAUAGUUCAAUUUGAUAAGGCAGUCACUGAUCCGAGGACAUCCGGACGUUGGGACUUACGCGGCAAGAAGUUUUUAUACGCUAACCCAGAACCAUUAGUCUCUUGGGGUGUUGCCAUUGUUGACAACUGUAUCCAGGAACCUUCUGUCAAGAACUUCCUUCAGGUGUUCAUUCAGACUUACAUUGGCCAUGGUGGUAGAGUCACCAAUAAGACUCCACCCAUCAUGAAGAUUUCUGGUGCUCCAGACAAGAUCGCUGAGGGAGUUCAGACCGUUCGCAAUGCUGCUGGUCAACAAGCCAAGCAAAUCCCUCAAAUUUUGUUCUUCAUCUUACCUGAUCGAAAUUCUUUCAUGUACGAACGCUUCAAGAAGAACAAUGAGUGUCGUUUUGCGAUGAUGUCUCAGAUGAUGAACGUUGCUCAUGUUGCCAAGGCCCAGCCACAAUAUUGCUCCAACGUUUGCAUGAAGGUGAAUGCAAAACUUGGGGGCACAACAUGCAAAGUAGCAGACAGUAAACCACCGAAGCCUUUUUUCCCCCGGGCAACAAUGGUUAUUGGUGCGGAUGUCUCUCACGCCACACCAGGAUCUCCACAAUCUUCCAUGGCCUGUUUAACAAUGUCAAUGGACUCUACUGCGUGUAGAUAUGCUGCUGCAGUCCAAACUAACGGAAAGCGUGUUGAAAUGAUCUCACCUGAUAAUAUCAACUCAAUGCUCAUUCCAUUAUUUAAAGAAUGGGUCUCCAAAGUCGGCAAGGGAUCUGGACCAAUGCACAUCUACUAUUUUAGAGACGGUGUGUCCGAAGGUCAAUUCGAACAUGUUAUUAACCAAGAGGUUAAGAAUAUGAAGAUCGCCCUUGAGAAGGAAUUUGGUCCCAAAGCCGCAGCAAUUCGUUGGACUGUGACGGUGUGCACCAAGCGACAUCACUUGAGGUUUUUUCCAAAGGACAACGAUAUGGCGGCUGGUGAUAAGAACGGAAAUGCCCUUCCAGGUACACUUGUCGAACGAGAUAUCACUCAUCCGUUCGAGUAUGAUUUUUACUUGAGUUCCCAUUCAGCCAUUCAAGGAACUGCUCGCCCAGUCCACUACCAGGUCAUCAUGGAUGAAGCUCAGGUUCCAGUCAAUGACUUCCAGAGAAUGGUCUAUCAGCAUUGCUAUCAGUAUAUGCGUUCUACUACUCCUGUCUCCUUGUAUCCUGCCGUCUACUAUGCACAUCUGGCUUCUAACCGUGCUCGUGCUCAUGAGGCUACGGGCCAUAGUGCUGGACCUCGCGGUGGAGAGAAGUUCCUUGAAAAGCAGGCAAAGGAAGCGCAAAACAAAGUCGCUGGUAAGGCACCCUCUAGCCAAACUGGUUCAAGCCAGGUGGUGGUUGAAGAUGUUCCACUCCUUCCUUUGGGACAACUCAGUCAGAAUGAUAAAGUCAAUCCGGAUGUCCUCGCGAAGCUUCGUAAUGGCAUGUGGUACAUUUAAGUACUUCUAUUACUUCAUCACCAACACGAUCUUUGACCCUUGUCCUUGAUCUCAACACCAUUUUACUUCUUCAUUUUGUUUUAUUACAAAUUUUUGAUCCUCGGAUCCCUGAUCUUAUGAUUUCUCAACCUUUCUCUGCUCGCUAGUUGCUUUGGCAGUUGGUUUAUGAGGGAUUUGGGAAUAGGACUUGUGAUUUCACUUCUUAGGACUUUGAUCUCAUCUCGAAUUAUUUUUUUGAGAGAUUGAGUUUUCAUGGGUUCCUACUCUUUAUUUAUGCAUAUGGGUAACUGGAAGUCGCUAUGGACUUGAUGACGGGAAUGAUAUUAUUGAUCAAGAAAAGGUUUAUUUAGUUUAGCGGUGCAAUAGUUGCAAGAUGGGGGUUCCUUUUCCUUUUCAUUUUAGUUUAACUUUUAGUUUGAUGUUCUCGACUGAGAAAUCUUCUUACUAAAGAGCAGAUAUGAAUGGGAAUUAAUAUUCUUGCGGUUGGUACUGGGUUGGGUUUUGAGGAAAUAAAAAUUUGCGAUUGCAUUCA